GAUUCGAAGGUGGAGGGGCGUUAAGAAGUGGGGAAAGAAAAUGGCUCUAUAUUGAUCAGAUUUCCGAAGGGAGGAGUUGAUAUCUUUAUCCAGGAGAGCAAAGAGGUGAUUCGACAGCGUAUUUCUUGGUGCUAGCAAUGGAUCGACAGCCUCACGACUAUGCUGCGGCGGCCGCGGCCGCAGCCGCAGCCUUUGCUCAGCAGCAACAGCAACAACAUCAGCAAGCUCAUGUUCACGCCCAGCAGCAAUUCGUGGGGUUCCAGCAAUUGGCAGGGGCAGGGGCAGGUGCAGGUGUGCCUCAUUCUCAGGUACCCUUCCUCCCUCAGCACGGUCAUCCUCUUCAACAUCCUUCCAUACCAAUGCAGUUCCCUCCUUAUCACCACCAGAUUCUCCCCUACCAUCAACACCCACAGCACCAUAUCCCCCCUGCUGCUUCUGCGGCGGCUGCCCCCAUGGGGGUAGGGCUGGGCAUAGGCAUGGGAAUGGGGAUGGGGAUGGGGAUAGGCAUGGGAGCCAUGAGCAUGGGCAUGGGCAUGGGCAUGGGUUUAGGCACAGGAAUGCCUCAGGGACAGCCCCAACCCCAGCCACAAGCACAGAGUCAGCCUCAGGGGUUGUUUAGCCCUUGGGAACCUCCGCCACCGCCUGUUCCACCUCCUGCUGAUGCCGAUUUGCAGAAGCGUAUCGACAAAUUGGCCGAAUAUGCCGCCAAGAAUGGACCCGACUUCGAAAAAAUGAUCAGAGACAAACAGCAAGAUAACCCUGCUUACAACUUCCUCUUCGGGGCUGAAGGACAUGCCUACUACAGAUACAAGCUCUGGCUCUGUACUCGCCAGGGGAUUCUGCUGCCUCCUCCUCCUCCAUCUGCAUCAGCUGUCUCUAUGCAGUUGCACCACUCUGCUUCUCCCUCUGCCGCUACUCCCUUUUCCUCUACUUUCUAUGCUAGUGACCAGCAGCAUUCUCAACCACCACCACAUUUUACUCAGCCCCAGUCUCAGUCCCAGUCUCAGAGCUGGGGAACGGAUUAUGAUUAUGAUUCAAGUAGCAGCAGAAAGUCAUUCAAGGGUCUGUCCGGACCGCUUCCCUCUGACGUGGAUGCAGAGCUGUACAAUGUUCUCAACAAUCUGAGUGGGACGAAGGAGUCUAUCAAGGGUGCAAAAAUAUGGUUUAUGCAGAGGUCUCCCUUUGCACCUGCUCUAGCCGAGGCACUCAAAGAUCGGGUCAUGGCCCUCCAUGAUGCCGAGAGGCAGUUGCAUAUCAUUUAUCUUGCAAAUGAUAUCCUUUUUGACAGUUUACAGCGGCGUAGCAAUCCCCAGGAGCUUGAUAAUGAGGCACUUGCUUUUCAACCUGUGUUGGGAUCUAUGCUUGCGAGAAUCUAUCACAAUCCUCAAAAUAAAGAUGCAAAUCAGUCUCGGCUGCAAAAGAUCUUACAGUUUUGGGCUUCAAAGGAAGUCUAUGAUACAGAUACAAUCUACAGUCUAGAAGGUGAAAUGUUAGCCGGACCGCCGACUUCCACUGGGACAGAACCCCCAGUCGGCCUGGGGAAAGAAUCUUCACUGCUAGAAUCCUCUACUGGUCCAACAGGUCUUCCUCAAGCCUCUGUUCAAAAUCAUCUUCAAUGGCAAUCUGAUGUACACAGAAAUUCUUUACCCUUGGCAGACCAAGAGAAGCAAGAGAUGACUAUUCCAGUCACUUCAGCAUCACAAUUCUUUGGUUCAAGUGCCCAGUUUGCAUCAACAGUGAGUCAGCCUUUUGCAGCAAAUGCAGCACCCUCUAUCUACCCAUCUGCUGCUCCACCUUUUCUUGGAUCACUGUCUACUCCUCCAGCACCAGUUAGUCAACCGAAUAUUGCACAAGUGCCAAAUCUAUCCAGUAUUAGAGGUGGGGAGCAAUCCCCAUAUCCAUUGUUUCCACCAGGACUUAUACCAGGAAUGGUCCGAAGAAUGCAAAUAGGAAGUGGGGUUCCUUACUCUCCUUUGAGUCCUUUGGAUAUCCCGACAGUAAUUCCUCCAUCAACCACUUCCCCAUCAUAUAUCCUUGAAAGGGUGUCAAAAUUCUUCAAAGAAAUAGAUGAGGUUAACCCUUCUGAUGGUCAAACAGAGGAUGAUGAAAGGGAGCAACCAAGUCGCACAGGUGGUGCUUGUAUUCCGCCUCCAUCUAAUCUGCAAGUAGACGCAGAUACUGGCACUCUUCCAGAUGGAAGCAUUGAGCACAAACCUGGAGCAACUACCACGGGAAGGCUGGGCCUUGGAGCUACUGCUGAUCCUAAUGAAGUGAGCCAGUAUGAUGAUGUUUAUACUUCAUACAGGAAGCAAAGGAGCUCGAGCUAUCAUACAUCAAUGAGUGCCAGAGCUUCGGCAAGAUAGUUAUAAGACUUUGACUAUUUAUAGAUAAUUGUUCCUGUGUAUUGUCAGUGGGAAGAAUCGGAUGACAAUAUGGCUAUUGGUGGCCUGGCUUUGCAGCAAGUGGUAGUGCUUUGGGUCUCAACUGGUCUUGUUGGGGUAUGAUUCUGAAUUCAGUAGUUGGAAUUAGGAUAUUUUAUAUGCCUUUUACAAUACCAUGUGUAGAACUCUAUGUCUUCUGUGCAGGUCUGAGACUUUAUUCAGGAUGCUAUCAACCAAUGCAACAAAACAAAUAAAAAGUUAAUAAGCCUCUUCAGGGGAGAGUUCAUAUCAUUUCUGUCCAUGAAAUGUAUUGGCUUAUUGGGGUAUCAAAGAGACUGGAAAAUCACAACCCUUUCAUAUCUUAGAUUACUACAGAUUUGUUUCCAUUCUUGUCGAAUAUGGACAGUUAUUUCAAAUUGAAGUAUAAAAUCAAGUUAAAAAUGAAUGAUCAAAACAAAGCAAAAAAUGGAAGACUAUUAAUAAUGGGAAAGAUUCAUGAAUGUAGGAUACUACUUAAUUCUAUGAUCUUCUGAAUAAUCAGUUGCAAAUUUUUAAAUUCUUUGUCA